CCAUGUCUUCACCUGCAGCAAUGGUAAGAAAGACAUUUGUGUUCUUGUUCAUAUGUUUCAGAACCAAUAGCAUUAUUUAUGAACAAAAUAGCAAGGGAAGACUAUAAGUUUUCCGCAUGAUUAACUCCAUUUGAUGCUUUUGAUACGUGGGGCGGAUAUCCUCCAUUGUUCGGUGAUUCCUGGAUCCGUAGAUGAUGAAAACUUCCUUAUUUCGUCCCCUUCGCCGCCUCGAAUCCUUGGGCACCGCCAAUCUCCCCAAAUCGAAGUCCUCGACCUUUCUCAAAAAAUUCCACUCUCCGACCGCUAUCCCUCGAACUAAACAAACCCUAAUCCCCUCACAACACCUACCUUCGCAAUAUACAGCGGUAGGUCGAGAAGGACCUCCUCUAGAAUGCCAAAUCUCCUCUCGAAACCCUAGUUCGGUUGGGACCUCGCUCCGCAGAACGCUCCGGUAGGGGCAGCAAAAAGGCGCGAUCUUUGCAUAGCUGCAUCUCCCAUACAAUUUGGCGAGCGCUCGUUGAAAACAUCCCAUUGGUCGGGUGAGGCUUGCAAUUUUAGAAGUUGGGAGUUCUUCAUUUGUUCCGGCGGCAUAGUUUCCGACGGAGUGGAGUCGAUUGGAUGGUUCGAAUCGUUUUCUUGGUGUGUGAAUUGUGGUAGAAGCGUAGGCAUUGCAAAUAGGAAUCUCUCAUUCUUGGGGAGAUGGGUUGGUCUCAUCCGGAUAUUUCUUUGGACGAUCUCUUGGUCCUGAUCAAGGGAUUCGUAGAUAUACUAAUUCUUGCGUCCGGGUAUCAGUCUUCCGGCCUUUCUGCCUCCUGGGACGUGGAGAACAUCAAGAAAGCCGUCAGAUGGGGCAUCUUCUUCGAAGAUGUGCUUAGACAUCUACAUGACUCUGUUGAUUAUGAAGAUUCCAUUAAGGAACUUGAUGCAGCUUUGCUUCAUCUGACCUCCAGUCCAAAUUUCCCUCAGGGCCUCGCACACAUGUCUUCUGCAACUCUUUCAAAAGCAAGAGACUUGAUUUUAGAACAUUUAGUUCAAACUCACCCAUUAGAAGCUGCACAUAUUACUUCUCUUUUGACGGCAAUUGUUGAGCUGGAUAUUGACAACCUUACUGACACGGAUAAUGAUGGGCCAAAUAUGUAUAUGGACAGGUUGAUGUUGCAUUUGGAAUCACAUAAUUUGAUUUCAGUACGACAGGACAUGUUCAAGAAAUCUUUCGCUUCAUUACCAGCAACGGGUUUGAAGAUUUCUGAUAAUGUUUGCAAUGCUGGAUCUCCAAGAAAAUGCUACAUUGAAUCAGAGGAAUGCAAUUUUACUGAUCAUUCAUACUUUCUCAUCCAAGAACUCUUAAAGAGGCAAGCUUCAAUUUCACGUGUAUCUUCAGCUGAGAGAGGCCUAGAUACUUUUUUAAAGAUUGUCACAAGGGACAACAUAGUUAGAUCUGAAAAUAAAGCACUGGAAGAGCCACUGUCCAAUGAUAUUUCUUUGAAGGAUUGGUGCAGGACAUGUUGGGUACAUGGGUUUCAGUUGGGGCCCGGAGUACUGUUCAGCCAAUCACUGCUUCCACAUAGGACCAGGGUGCUGAGCGGUAAGUGGAGUGGGAGGAGCGCAGAAAUGUUGAGUGAGUUUUCUUUGUGGGACCAGUGGAGAUCAAGGUGUCUGUCAUAUCUACUGGACAAAAGAACUAUUACAAUGCUCUCUGGUGCCAACUUGAUUUUCAGUGCCUCUAAGGUUCAAUGGAUUCGGGUCUUUGAGCCACUUAAAGUUUCAUUGGAUGUUAAUUAUGACAAUCUUCUUGAAAUUAUGGAAAUAUCAUUGUUAGGCUUUAUCUCAAGCAGAUGGAAUUCUCUGAUUGAAUGCUUCAUUUCACAGACUUAUAAUUUCCUUCCCAUAUCUAAGCAAUACUCUGAUCUUCAAUACUUGCUUCAAGGAAAUUCUCUCUGUGCACAUUCUAAAAAGGAAGCUAUGAACUCCAAGGAAAGAGAUAUUCUUGAGUAUGUGGCACCAUUAUUAAGCAGUCAACCUCAUAAACUAUGGCUACUGCCUCCAGUCCUUGCAGCUGCAGCAAUUCCUUCCUGGUCAAUCUUGUUCAGGAUUUACUUGAAUGAAAUAGAAAAACAGUUUUCUGGAGCUUGUUCUCAGAUCAGAUACUGUGGUUGCAAUCAAAAGGGAAAGGAGCACCGAGUCUGUGAAGUUGCUGAAAGGAUUCGAUGUCUCUACGUUGUUCAUAUUCAAAGUUCUCAUCUGUUGUCUGAUGAUUUUAGUGCUUGAUCCUAAUCCGUGGUUUAAGACUGGUCAUGUCAUCUUGCAGUAUGACAAUGGCUCAUAUAGUCGUUGUCUUGGGUAUUAUUGAAUGCUUGAUUGCCAUGCUUCUGGACAGUUUGAAGAAGAAUGAAUGGAAAGAUAAGUCAAGAACCAUAUGGUUUAUUAUGUCAUAUGAAGGUCAGGGACAAGCUCGUUAAUCUUUUGUUGGUUGCGGCACGGCCAAAUCGGAGUUAGAUUGUGGCAUAUCCUGUUGGACCAGUUAUGGUGACCAUUUCCAACAUUCCUCUUACCAGCAAUCUAGCAUCUUCAUGCAACACUUUCAUUCUUUUAUUUUAUUUUAUUUUGGCAUCUUUCCUUGUACCUGCUUCCCAGCAAAGUUUCGGACUAGUGCCGAUAGUCUCUCUGGGUCCUGGUUGUCAAGUAACAGACACGGCUUCAAUAUGUGGUCUAUGGCUGCAUUUCAUAUGGGUUGAGCUCAGACAAGCACAAGCAGAAUAAAUCCAAAAGUUCCAAGUGUUUUUUAGUUUUUUAUUUAGGAGAAUCCAAGUGCGAAUUGGUCUCCGUUAUGGUCAUGAGCCUUAGUAAAGACAGGCAAAGCUAGCUCCACGUCAUAAAGAUGAGCAGCAAGUCAGCAUUUUCUACGUAACAGUGCAUGGAUAUUUGGCAUGUGACUAGAGUUCAGCUUCAUCAAAAAAGAAAGAAGAAGAAGGAGAAGAUUAAUAUGUCAGCACCGGUUGUUGCUUUCCAAGCUGAUUCAAUGAAUGAUGUAAGGUUCUAGCGCCUCUUCAGCCACAACUAAUGCUGCGCGUCCUUAGAUGGUGGUGAGGGGCUGCAGAUUAAGGGAAUGAAUGAUGGAAGCAUUAGCUCACAAGGCACUAAGAUGGCCGCCGAAAGCAAUGGUCUUGGCCCACGAGGAUGCUCUGAAAAAGAUACAAACCCAUCAAACUUCAUCGGCCAUUCUUUCCAAAACGUAAUCCAUUUGCUUUGUGACUCCUUUUAUUAAAGUAAAAAGAAUUCCACCGCAUCAUGUCACCCAACUUUUGAUGAUGCUCUGACUAGAAAAGGGUCCUUUGUGUCAAGUCUCCUUUAGCGAUAGAGGGAAUGACACGUUCAUCAUUGUCAGCCGGCCGGUAAAGAAUCUAAAGAGAGUUGUAUUUAUGUCAUCCGUGGCUGCCUUAGAGUAGCUAUAUAAGCAAAGCUUCUAGCUAGACGGUGGCAUGGCAUUGAAGGAGCAAGGCGAAGAAUCCACUAUGAUAAUUUUGAGCCUUGGAAGCAAGAAGAUUCAUGCCAUGAAUUGGGUAAAGAGAUUUGGGAGAGGAGGAGAUGGGAUCGCUCCUGAGAAGGCCCAGGGAAGUGCGGCGUCGGCGGAGUGGUGGAGGAGGUCGGCAUCUGUGAGGCAAAUGGUGUGGAAGCUCAGGUCCCGUUGGAGGCAUGCGAUGAGAUCUUCAAGGAGGAAUGGGAUGAGAUUUGGGUACGAUCCCAAGAGCUACUCUCAGAACUUUGAUGAUGGUUUCCUCCACGAUUAUUUCCCACCUUGCUCCCUCAGCUAAGCUAUAAACUUUUCAAGGGGUCCAUUCUUUUCCUUGUUUUUUACUCUGAGAAAAAGGUUCCCCGGCUUCUUGGACGUGUGCUUUCCUUUAUAUGUAUGUAUAUAUUGGCGGCAAGGAUGUUAUGCGAAAUUUUGAUGUUGUAAGUAUGUUUGUGGUUCAUUAGAAUUUCAUCAUCAAGAGUGCUUCUGGGUUCCUCAAUUUUCAGUGGGGGAGGAUAAGAACACGGAAGAGAGCACCCUUUUUUUUCUCUUGGAAUUUGGUAUUUGUUUGCUAGUUAUUUUCUGCGACGAGCUUAUGUUACCAGGUCUUC